GCAAUGUCACAGGCACAGUGCUGUGAGCAGGCAUCACUUUAAUGUCCUGCCUGAGCCCCAGGAGGGAAUGGGCAGUGGGGUACCAGGGGUAUGAGGCUUAUUGCCAGAAGCACAGGCAUCACCCUGCUCUCCUCUGUUUAUCCCAGAUGCUCCUUUCACGAUUGCUGCCCCUGGAGCCUGAGUCCACGCUGACCGAAGAGGACACGAAGGAGGGGUCCAGCUUUGGUCCUCAGCAGCUCUCCUCCACUCUCCCCUUCCUCCCGUCUGGGGCUAGAGCUGCCCGGCCAUCCUUCUGGCGCAAGAACCUCGCCAGUCGCAAGUGGGCACUGCCUGCAGAUUGGGCCUGGAAGGCCAUGCCCAGGGGUUGCUUCGGGCUGAAAAUGGACCGAAUUGGGACCUUCAGUGGUUUGGGGUGUUAGCUUUGGAGGACCUCCGAGCCGGAGGGCACCCAGCCUCGGGAACCUGCACGGCCCGGGAACCUGCAGGCGCACCGCUGCGCGAAGCCCUGAAGCUCCCGCCCCGAAAAAGGGAGGCGGCGGCAGCGAGGAAGCGGCGAGGCGGUACGAGGAGGAGCUGCCCCCCGCGGCCGCCGGACCCCCGCUCCGCCGGCAGUCCCCUCCCCGCUCCCCGUGCCCGAGGACUCGCUCAUUAAACAAGCUGUACUAAUUUGCCGCGUCCGCGCUCGGCGGUGGCCGCCCCCGGGCGGGGGCGGGUGGGAGGCGGCGGCAGAGCCCGCCCGGCGCCCCCGGCCCCACGCGCGGGGCCGUGCCGGGCCCGGCCGCCGCCAUGCCGCGUGGGGCGUGCGGCACGCGCGGCUGCGGCGCGGUGCGGCCGGGGGGGCGGACACGGGUGAGGAGGCAUCGACCGGGCGCGGGGCACAAGGGCCGCG